AUGUUUCGCGCAGCUUCCGCCGCGCUCUUGCGUCACCGCCCGGCGCUAGGCCUCCAUGGCGCGCUCUUCGCAACGCCGCAGCGCGCCUUCGCCCUGCACUCGUCCAUCAUCGACCGUAUGCAACUGCUUACAGCGCGCUACGAAGAGCUCUCCAAGGAGCUCAUGGGCAAUGAUGGCAACAUUGCGCCAUCGCGGAUUGCCAAACUCUCGAUUGAAAUGUCCGAGAUGGAGCCUGCCCUCGAGGCCAUUCGUGAGCUGGAAGCGCGCCAAGAGUCGAUCGCAGAGCUAGAAGAGGUGAUUGCCGAGGCGACCGAAAGCAGCGAUGCCGACUCAGCAGAGCUCCGGGCGAUGGCGACCGAAGAAAAAUUUGAGCUCCUCAGCGGCAUUGACAGCUUGGAGAAGGACAUCACCCGUCUCAUGCUGCCAAAAGACGAAGCAGACGACAAGAGUGCAAUUCUCGAGAUUCGCGCUGGCACGGGUGGCGACGAGGCCUCGCUCUUCGCCGGCGACGUGUUGCGCAUGUAUCAAAAGUACGCUGCGCUCUGCGGCUGGAAAUUUGAAAUUCUGAGCUUGAGCGAGACGGACCUCGGCGGCUGCAAGGAAUGCUCUGUCUCGAUCACGGGCCGCGGCGCGUACGGUCGCAUGAAGUUCGAGUCGGGCACGCACCGCGUGCAGCGUGUGCCUGUCAACGAUACGCGCGUGCACACAAGUGCGAUCACAAUCGCCGUGCUGCCUGAAGUCGAAGAGAUCGAGAUGAAGAAUGUCUUCUUGCCCAAGGAUUUGCGCAUCGAUGUCUACCGAGCGAGUGGCGCGGGCGGCCAGCACGUCAACACGACGGAAAGCGCCGUGCGCAUUACGCACUUGCCGACGAAUACGGUCGUGGCCGUCCAGGACGAGCGGUCCCAGCACCAAAACAAGGCCAAGGCCAUGAAGAUUCUCUGUGCCCGCGUCUACGACGCCGAGCGCCGCGCUGCCCACUCGGAACGCGACAAGAUGCGCAUGUCGCAGAUCGGGUCAGGCGACCGCUCAGAACGAGUGCGCACGUACAACUUUCCGCAGAGCCGCAUUUCGGACCACCGCGUCGACGGCCUCUCGACCUUUGGCAUGGACCGCAUGAUGGAAGGUCUUCUCUUGGACGAGAUCAUUGACGCACUCGUGCUCCACGACCAAAACGACAAGCUCCAGCGCAUGAACGAACAGCUGAAAUAAGACAGAUUUGCAUAUAUACUACUAGUAGCCGUGC